ACCGGCGGCCUCGAGAUUCGUGCGGCGUGGACAGCCGACCAGACAGACAGGUGGCCUCUCUGUUCGGCCAUGGCGAUGGGCGCGGCGGUCCGGCGGAUGCACGCCGCCGCGGCGGCGGCGGCGCAGCCACCGCGCCUGACGAAGCUCCAGCUGCACCCGCCCAGAUCGGUGGAGGCUGAAUUUGCUGAUGGUAGCACAUUCCAUCUUUCAGCUGAAUUUCUACGAGUACACAGUCCAGCAGCUGACAGCAAAAUAAGAUCAGUAUCUGGUGAGAAGGUUCUAUUUGGGCGACGACAUGUUGGGAUAAUGUCAGCUGAAUCGGUAGGAAACUAUGGAAUUCGGAUACUGUUUGACGAUUUGCACAAGACAGGGAUCUUCACAUGGGAUUACUUGCACCACCUGGGUUCUAACAAGUUCAGUCUGAUGCGAAAUUAUAUCAGAACUUUAAGAAAGCAUGGUCUUAGCCGGGAUCCUCGUAGAAGGAAAUGAUGGAAACCAAACUUUCGCUCAUUUUCAGAUAUUGUGAUACUGAGGAAACUUAUUCAGUCAUGGCUUCUGCUGCCAAGAUCAAGCUUCUAUAUGGAAUGAAAAACACAGGAACCAGAUUAUCAACAGCUGAAUAUAGUAACAGUUUUGAUAAUGUUGACAGUCCGAGUGUCUGUUAGGUGAUACUAUGGAUUUCUUUUCUUGAAGUUGAAGCUAUUGGUUAAUUUUAAGAAUGGCGUUUUCCUUCCUGGAAUGUGUUUUUCACAAUUGGUCUCAGCUUUAUUGGCCGAUCCAAACAACUAAGAUCUGCGUGUGUGUAUUACAGCGACCAAGAAACAGCAGGAACACACGUUUGGAUUGGCAGGAAUGUUUUUGGCUCCACGUCCAAUUGUUGCUCACGACCGUAUGAUUGUAAAACAUUUGUGAUCCAUGCAGCUGGAAGGAUCCAUCCUGUAAUAUUCACGUCACACGAACCUACGGUUUGAGCCAUGAUUGUAUGGCUUACAUGUUAACACGAACAGGCAUAUCAAACAAAUACAAAUGUUAGUGGCUGUUUGGAUCCAAGGACUUUUUUAUAGUUCUUUGUCAC